AUGCAAAGAUCUUCUACCAAUAACCCUUCUUACUCAUCUUCUUCUCCUUCUUCAUCUCCAAAUUCACCAUCUCAUUCAUCCAUCACUGUUCAUUCACACGUUGCAUCAUCCACGGACUCCUCUUCUUCCUUCCAAUCAUCAUUCCCAUCUUCUUCUCCUUCUCGUUGUUUUGGUCUCAACCUACUCGUUAAGGCAAUCCAUCAAGUUACAGCAGGAUCGGUAGUUGGUGUCCCCUACAUACAAAGAAGAAUCCUAACCAGAAGAAGGAGACCCAUCCAAUUCAACAACCUUAUUCUCACUACUACCGAUUUACUAUCCAAAUCGAGAUCCAAAUCAAAGCCAAAAGCGAAAAGACAGAGGAGAGUUAAUAUGACAAUGCCCUCUAAGUACAGAGACUCUGUUCUUCAGCCAUUGACUCCCAAACGACGCUCAGAGAGAUCAUCCGCAGUUAAGAUCAUCGGUGAACAGUUUCAUUAG